GUUCACAAUAUCAGCGACAGACUUUUUUUAUGACCGCCUACAAAGUUCUAUAGAAUUAUUAGUAUAGUCACCUACAAGCUUGAAAAGAUUAAUCAGCUAGCGCAGCGGCACUAGCAUUAGAACUAUUUAAGCUAUGAGAACGGUAGAUUACAGAAUGGGAUCUUAUUUCUGGAGAGAAAAUUGACAAACAGUAACAGUAGGUCAGUGUCGGCGAUAGUCUGUUUUGUUCUCACUUGACCGCAAUUUUUUUUUUUUUUUGUUGUUAAAGUCGUGGCUUUGACUUGUUUGUAUUUCGUUUUGUUAAAAGUGUCCCGGAAAGGAUUGAUUUUUGAUAAAAAUUAAUCUUAUCUUAAAAAUUUUUGAUAAAGUUAUCAAAAUAAAGGAAAAACUUUGAAAGUAUGGACUAUUGUGUUUAUGAUUGUGACGUCGGAAGUGACGAUGCGUGGGGCUUAUUAAUGCUAAUGCGUGCAGAAGCUAUGAAAAAAUUAAAAAUACUAGGUGUUACAUGUGUAAGUGGCAACACCAGUGUUGACAAUGUUUGCAAAAAUGCAUUGAGAGUAUUGAAAAUUGCUAAAAGAGAAGAUAUUCCAGUUCAUAAGGGUGCAUUCGGUCCACUUAUUCCACCUAAACCCAGCAACUCUUUCUGUACAUUUCAUGGAACUGAUGGUUUUGCUGAUUUGGAAUUUGAACCUUUUGACUAUAAAGAAUUAGUCCACCGAAAACAUGCAGUCGAAGCUAUGUACGAAUAUGCCAAAAAGUAUCCAAAAGAGGUGACUUUUAUUUUAGUAGGACCAUUGACAAAUUUUGCACUUUGCUUAAGUAUGUAUGAAGACUUCGCAGAAAAUGUUAAAGACAUAUUUAUAAUGGGAGGAAAUUUUAGAGGAAUUGGCAAUGCAACGAGAAGUGCAGAAUUUAAUUUUUAUAAAGAUCCUGAAGCAGCAAAAAUUGUCCUCGAGAAAACCAAGUGUCCCAUAACAAUACUUCCCUGGGAGCCAUGUAUGGAGGAAAAUUUUGAAAUAUCAAUGGAUUGGCGAAUAAAUGAUUUAGCAAAUCAAAGUAAUUGUCCCGUAGUCGAGAUGUUAACACGAAUUGAAGAAGCUCAAUAUAUACCACAAGGAUUCAAUAGUUGGUGUCCUUGUGAUGCCUUAUUGGUGGCAGCUUAUUUAUUUCCCAAAGGAAUGAUUAAAAAACAAUCCAAUUGGCAUGCAACUGUUGAGGUUUACGGUGAGCAGACAAGAGGACAAAUGGUAUUGGAUCAUUUACAGAGUCCUGAUAAUCCACAAAAUGUUAACUUGAUUGAGCAUCUUGAUUGUGAUUAUUUUAAAAUAGUAUCGCUGUGGGCUGCUGGUGCUACUGACAAGUGCAAUGGAGUUUAGUAAAAACUCAAAAUUAUUGUAUAAUAUUGAUAGCGUAAAAAAUAAAACUUUUAACAAAUCAA